AUGAACACAAUUUCCCCUCCCCCCGAGUUCAAGCGCAUAUCCGGCACGAAACGCCUUUUCGGCGUCGUCCUCGGCCUCGCGGGCGCAGCAGGCGCAAACGCGCUCCUCGGCUACUCAGUCUUCAGCUUCUACUCGCGCAACACCACGUUCGUGCCGUACGACACCUCGUCGCCCGAUUUCCUCACGACGACCUUCACGAAACACAAUCCUCUCAAAAACGCGCCCGUGUGCAUCGACCACGCAAUCAAGACGCUGCCGCUGCAGAAGUUCAGGGAGAGGUAUGGCUUAAGGCAGGGGGAAAAGAUGCCGGUUGAGCGCUUGACGACGGACUUUUGCAGGGGAAUCUGGAGCGGUAUCGGCUUCCGGGUGCAGAGAAGGUACCUUGAGAGAAAGUAUCGCGCUCUUCCUGGGAGAGAAAAUCACCUAUGGGAUGUGAAGCAGCUUGAAGAGAGCGAAUAUCCUGUCGGAGAGAAGAUUGUGGACCAUUUCGAGGUUGUGGAGCAUAGUGCACACAAGGUCAUCGUACGCUGUGGAGACUCGCCGUUAAACCAGGACCACCGCGGCAGCGACGGACUCUUCUCGAUGGAGGUCAGCACCGACGAGAAGGCGGAUACUGCGACGUUCCACCUCAAGAGUGUGUUCGUCAACACAACGGAGGAGGGCCAGGGUCUGGAACCGCUGCCGUGGAAAUUCCAGCUUGCACACAGGUGGUACACGAAGCUGUGGAUGGAGGGCGCCACAAGGAAGAUGAUGAAGCAGUAA